CGCUGCGCUGUCAGUUCAACUUGGUUCGUGAUCAAAAGUCGCUUCAGAAAAAAAUAAGUGCAAUUUUCGCGUUGAAAAAGUGCUUCCCGGGGGAAAAUCUAGUGAACCUGUGACCAGUCCCCACUUUCGGAAUUCCGGCGUAACCCGUUGCAUUUAGCCGUUGGCCCCGCGUGCGCACAAACUUCCGAUAACUUAAACUAAACAACUAAAAUGUCUGCUCCUGAAGGAUCCAAUGGUUUCCCUAAAAUUCCACCCCCGCCGCGUUCCGGUAGCGUCCAGCCGACCGGAAGCCAGGGAAACGGCCAGAAUGCCACCGCCGCCAACAACAAGCUGAAGCAGACGCAGGCCCAGGUCGACGAGGUGGUCGGCAUCAUGCGCGUCAACGUGGAGAAGGUGCUGGAGCGGGACCAGAAGCUGUCGGAGCUGGACAGCCGGGCGGACGCACUGCAGCACGGGGCGAGCCAGUUUGAGCAGCGCGCUGGUCAGCUCAAGCGGAAGCAGUGGUGGGCCAACAUGAAGAUGAUGAUCAUCAUGGGCAUUAUCGGCGUGGUGCUGCUGAUUAUCAUCAUUUUGUGGCUGGUACCGAGUGACUCCAACUAACCUAUUUUGAGAAACACAAACGCGAUGGCUGGAGGCUUUAGAGGUGGAGGACUUAAGCACUGGAUAAGUAUAGAUUUCCACCUAAUAUUAAUUCCAAUUUGCAACCAUGGAGCGGAAAAUGUCGUUGCUGA